UUUGUGUAUAUAUAUAAAUAAACCUGUGUGUGGGCGUUGAAGCAUAGACGAGCCGAUACUUGAACCAUUGAAGCAAUUGGACGGGAAGCACGGGAAGCGGGUACGAGGGUUUGGAAAACUACUGCCAUGGCGGCUGACCGCUCCGAUGAUUUGGACCAACUCCUUGACAGCGCGUUGGAUGAUUUUCAGAAUCUCAAUAUCGCCUCUUCUGCUCAAAGCCGUGGUAACGAUGGGAAUGGCAAGGAACAGAAUUCUGGAUUGACUAGCGGAAGUGUUCAAGGGUUGGGGAUGGGCUUGCCUGAUCUGAAGGUCAAGAAGAAGGGUAAACAAAAGGUACCCAAGCAAGAUGCGCAUAUAUCUGAAGCGCUUGAUAAGCUGAGGGAGCAAACCAGGGAGGCUGUCAAAGGUUUAGAAUCUGUGGCAGGGCAGAGACAGUCAAUGGAUGGAGAGAACUUAGCUGGAGAUGCUAUGAUAGAGGAUUGGGUUAAGCAGUUUGAAGAACUUGCUGGCUCUCAGGACAUGGAGUCAAUUGUGGAAACCAUGAUGCGGGAUCUCCUAUCCAAGGAAGUCUUGCACGACCCUAUGAAAGAGAUCGGUGAGCGCUACCCAACAUGGUUGAACGAGAAUAAGGCAAAGCUAACAGAGGAAGAAUAUGCACGCUAUUCACACCAGUACGAGCUUAUUCAAGACCUAAACCGACUCUACGAAACUGAGCCAGAUAACUUCAAUAAAAUUGUGGAGCUCAUGCAGAAGAUGCAAGAGUGUGGCCAACCACCUAAUGAUAUCGUGCAAGAGCUUUCUCCAGAUCUCGAUCUAUCCAGUCUUGGACAGUUGUCUCCAGAGAUGUUGAAGUCGCAACAGAAUUGCUGUAUCAUGUGAAGAACAGGCACAAAUAAUAAAGGUAUGCUGCUGCUGCAUUAUGCAUUUUCCUUUCUUAAGAAGAGUUAGAGAACUUACUUUUGUACUCGUCUCCUUAACAUAUAUACUGUUUGAUUUGGAGUGGAGGGAUGGGAUGGGACGGGAUGUGCCUGAUUUCAUUUGAAACAUCUAAUAAGAUAUAUAACAGAUUCAAAGCUUUUUAUUAUUAUUGAUUGUAUUCAAAUAAUAAAUAAGUGCUACAUACAAAUACAAUGAUCUGAAAUUGAAUAAAUAAAUGAAUGGACGUAUGUAUGUGUGUAGUAAGUAUAUAGAAUAAAAUGGUUAAGCAUCUGCAGGAGCAAUCCAAUGCCUUCCGUUGACAAAACUCUUGGCGAGAAACGGAUGGGCCGUAUCGUAGUCGAGCUCCCGGGCCCAUGAUACCCCACGGACUUUUGCUGCUCCAGGCCCAUAGCAUUUAUACACUCCAAAAAAUACUGUCCUGCAGGAAGCAAUGAAGAAUGCAUUUAUAUUUAGGUUAGUGUUGUUUAAAAUAAUAAAAGUAUAAACUGGGAGUGCAGAACAGAACAGACUUGUUCUUGUUGCUGACGUGGUCCCAAUCGUCCCAUCCUCCAUGGGCAACGACGUCGUCGAAGUAGGUGUAGGAGAAGACAAUCCUGGAAUACUGGCCCAUAGCUCGGCCCACAUAAAGUGGGCCUGUUCCUGUAACUCUGCAGCCCAGAAAUGCGAAGCCGGUCUUUUCAUCUGGCGAGUUUCUAUCUUGGGCCGCUAUCGACCCGAAUCUCGUGGCUAUUGAGUGUAGCUCGCAAUCCUGUACAUUGUAAAGGGCAUAAAUAAAUAACCUUUUUGACGACUUUACUAUACACCUACUCUUGUAGGGAAGAAGGUAAUAGGAAAAAGAGAGAGACAGCUUUUAUUCAA